CUGGGGGAGUCAUGCCCCAGGGGUGGCCCCAGCCAGUGGAGAGAAGCGAGGAUCAAAAGUCUCCAGCUGUGGCGAACGGACCUGGGUUAAACAGCUAGGGUGUGGGACCCCUGAGCUCGUCUUCAAAAUGUCCAGGCAGCAGAGCUGCGCGUAGGCAAAGGUGUGCUGUCUGCUGUCGGUCUGGGCGUCUCAUUCACUGCCCGGGAGUGGCCGACAGGGAGGCAGGGGCUGGUGCUGCGGCUGUGAACGGCUGCCCGCGAGCCCUGGGCCACCAAAACCUGCCGGGGAUAGAGGGAAAGCGGCGCGCGGCGCAGGAACUUUCCCAGCCCGGCCCACAGGCUGCUAGACGGUCAGGCCCACAGGACCCGCCUUUCCCCAGCCCAAGGCCAGCAGGACGAAGGUGUUCCCCAAGGCCACGCUGGCUUGCGGGCCCUCGAGAGCCCCAGGAGGCAGCGCUCGUGACAGCGGAAAGUUAAGGACGCGCCAACCUCGGGGACGCACGCAGCGCCGCUCCGGGAAGAGCUCCUGGCGCGCCCGAGAACCGCGGAGCCAUGGCUUGGUGCGGGCCCGGCCGGAGCCCCGCGCUGCCGAGGCUGCCGCUGCUGCUCCUGCCGCUGCUGCUGCACCUGGCCUCCGCGCCGCCGCCCAGCCCACCAGGAGUUCACUAUGCAACUGUAUACUGGAUACCUGAUAGAAAGACAGUAGAAGUCAAAGAUGUCCUGGACAAAGAUGGGGAUGCAUAUGGCUAUUACAAUAACUCUAUGGAAACCACUGGCUGGGGCAUCCUGGAGAUUAAAGCUGGAUAUGGCACUCAGAACCUGAGCAAUGAGAUCAUCAUGUUUGUGGCUGGCUUUUUGGAGGGUUACCUCACUGCCCUACACAUGAAUGACCACUUCACAAACCUCUAUCCCCAGCUGAUCAAGAAACCUUCUAUCGUAAAUCAAGUGCAAGACUUUAUGGAGAAGCAAGAGAAGUGGACUAGGAAAAACAUCAGAGAGCGCAAGAAUGACUCGUUUUGGAGACAUACUGGCUAUGUUAUGGCACAACUGGAUGGGCUUUAUGUGGGAGCCAUAAAGAGGGCUACAGUAGAAAAGAUAAAGCCCAUGACCAUGUUUCAGAUUCAGUUCCUGAAUGCGGUUGGAGACCUACUGGAUCUGAUUCCCUCUUUCUCUUCCGCAAAAGACACCAGCAUGAAGUUCUUUAAGAGAUGGGGCAUGGGACAUUGCUCUGCUCUUAUUAAGGUUCUUCCUGGAUUUGAGAACAUCUAUUUUGCUCACUCAAGCUGGUAUACAUACGCAGCUAUGCUCAGGAUAUAUAAACACUGGGACUUCAACAUCAAAGAUAAAGACACCAGCAGUAGCCGCCUGUCUUUCAGCAGUUACCCAGGGUUUCUGGAGUCCCUGGAUGACUUUUAUAUUCUUAGCAGUGGCUUGAUAUUGCUGCAGACCACAAACAGUGUAUAUAAUAAAACCCUACUGAAGCUGGUGAUGCCUGAGUCCCUCUUGGCUUGGCAAAGAGUUCGUGUGGCCAAUAUGAUGGCAGAUGGUGGCAAGAAUUGGGCAGAGAUCUUUUCAAAAUACAACUCUGGCACCUAUAAUAAUCAAUACAUGGUUCUGGACUUGAAGAAGGUGAAACUGAAAAAGAGUCUUGACAAAGGCACACUGUAUGUUGUGGAGCAAAUUCCUACUUAUAUAGAAUAUUCUGAACAAACUGAUGUUCUACGAAAAGGAUACUGGCCUUCCUAUAAUGUUCCUUUCCAUGAAAAAGUCUACAAUUGGAGUGGCUACCAGCUAUUAGUUCAGAAGCUGGGUUUGGAUUACUCUUAUGAUUUAGCUCCACGAGCCAAAAUCUUCCGGCGUGACCAAGGAAAAGUGACUGAUAUGGCAUCCAUGAAAUAUAUCAUGCGAUACAACAAUUAUAAGGAGGACCGGUACAGUAAGGGUGAUCCCUGCAGUACCAUCUGCUGCCGUGAGGACCUGAACUCAGCUAACCCAAGUCCUGGAGGCUGUUAUGACACAAAGGUGGCAGAUAUCUAUCUGGCAUCGAAGUACACAGCCCAUGCCAUUAGUGGUCCCACAGUCCAAGGUGGUCUUCCUGUUUUUCACUGGAGCAGUUUCAACAAAACUCUGCAUCAAGGCAUGCCAGAGGUCUAUGACUUUGAUUUUAUUACCAUGAAACCAAUUUUGAAACUUAAUAUAAAAUGAAGGAUGGAGACAAAGGAAUACAAAUGGCUGUAAAGCAGAUACAAGACAUUUAUAUAUUGUAGCUAUUUUUUUUCCAUCAGAAUUAAGAAAAUAAGUUGUUUAUCGCUUUCAUUUCCUCAUUUUUAUCUGCAUUCACUAUCUUUUCUGCAGGACAAAUAUUAUGUAUGAUACAUAACAAUACUAGGCUUCAGCAUACAAGCUAAUAUACAGAGGGGUAUACCAGGAACCAUUCUCUCAUUUACCCAAAUCCAUUAUUCUUUUUAUGAAUGCAGACAAAGACUAUAUCUCCCAGGAUCUCUUAGGUAGCUUUGCAUGCCACUGAGUUCUCACCAAUGGUAUUGGAGAUGAAUACUACUUCAAGGUCUCUAAGAA